AUGGCUGCAAGUACCACUCAGGCUAUGGGGACCCUGCCCAGCGGACUGGGGAUAUGCACCACGUUCCCAGAUAUAUUUUACCUGCCUGAACUGGUGUUCGGAGGUUUGGUGUGGAUCCUGGUGGCGUCGACCCAUGUGAACCCCCCAAACCCUCUGGGCUGGGUGAUGUUUGUGUCUGUCUUCUGCUUUGUCUUGACCACCCUCUGGAUGAUCAUCUUUGCUGCUGGGGGUCAUAAGAAUAGCUCUGGCUGGGCUGCUGCUGACUUUGCUUACCAUGGUCUGGCUGCGUUCUUCUACCUCAGCGCAGGGGUGGCUUUGGCUUUUAUCACCCUGGAAAAAAGAGAUACAAACCCAUUUCGAAACUACCAGAUUGACAUUGCUGCUGUGGUGUUUGCCUUCGUGGCCACGUUGUUCUACUUCAUCCACACCUUCCUCUCUGCCAUCCGAUGGAAAAGCUUCUGA